AAUUAGAUGUGAAAAUGGGACAAACAAGCUACCUGCUGUUGUUGGUGUACACAAUUGUAGUGUUGAUUUGUUGUACUGAAUCCUUUGGAUUACCAAAUAGUACCAUACCAAGUAGUUACGAUGUAACGCUUACGGUUGAUUUAGAUCGAUAUCGCUUCUUCGGCAGUGUUAAGAUCGCGAUCGAUGUUCUUGACGCAACCAAUAGUGUAACUCUGAACGUGAAAGACCUGGACAUUUCCGAUGUAACACUGACCGAUUCUACGGGAAAGAAUCUUGAACUCGCAGAUUCCGUGAAUCAGUACGACUCAGAGAAAGUAACAUUCAACUUCAACUCUUAUCUGAGUGCAGGGAGCAAUUAUCAUAUGGCAAUUCAAUUUGCCGGUGCCAUCGCCGACGAUCUCAAAGGACUGUAUCGCAGCUCGUACUACAGCGGUUCGGAGGAAAGAUUUGUGGCAACGACAUUCAACGCGGCGGCCUAUGCGCGCAAAAUUUUCCCUUGCUACGACGAGCCCCAUCUGAAGGUCACGUUUAGGCUUCAAAUUUACCACAAACCCGAGUUUCACGCACUUUCAAACAUGCACAUUGAGAGGAAAAUCGACUCUUCAACAGACGACAACCUGUCUCUGACAGUCUUCGCUGAAUCUCCCCCGAUGUCGACGUAUCUGUUUGCCUUUGUCGUGUCGGACUUUAGCCGGCUGGAAGGGGGCGACAAGAUCAGUGCGUACGCGCAGCCCAGCGUUAUCAACUCGACCGAGUACGCGCUGGGAUUCACGCGGGACGCCGUCGGUCACCUGAGUCGCACUUUUCAGCGACCCUAUCAGCUCGCGAAGCUGGACAUUGUGGCGGUGGAUGACUUUCUGAUGGGGGCGAUGGAAAACUGGGGCCUCAUUACGUACAAAACAUCUCGGAUCGUGUAUCGGAAAGGUUUGGAUCGAACUGAAAAGCUACAGUCCGUCACCAAGAUUGUGUUUCACGAGCUGAUUCAUCAAUGGUUUGGCAAUGAGGUUACCUGUGCGUGGUGGUCGUACGUUUGGUUGAACGAAGGAUUUACAACAUUUCUCGAGAGUUACAUUCUAAGCCAGAUGUACCCGGAGUGGGCUCUGAUGGAUCAGUUUUUGGUCAACGAGAUGCAUCCCGUCAUGGAGAGGGACGUUCUGCCGGACACACGUGCGAUGACCAAGGAGAUCAACAGUCCGGUGGAAAUCGCUGGGAUCUACGACUUUGUCGUGUAUCCAAAGGCAGCUUCAGUUAUUCGAAUGCUCCAUUCGUUGGUGGGUGCGACGGCGUUCGAUCAAUUUUUGUUCGACUAUUUGACUGAUCGAAGUUACAAUUCUUCUACGGAAGACGACAUGAUUCGCGUUCUGCAGAGAACGGUUGAUCGACACAACGUCGUGUUACCACCGAUUGAGGACAUUGUGAAAAGUUGGACUCACAAUCCGUCGUAUCCGAUUGUAACGAUUACCAGGGAUAAUGCAGACUCUGCCAGUGUAACAGCCGAUCCAGGAAAAACAUUCUACAUCCCUCUGAACUGGAUAUCUAAGAGUGGGAAAUCCGGCCGCAAUUGGAUGACAAAUAAAGAGGCUAGCAAAACAAUUGCUUUUAAAAAUGUGAAAUCUGACGAAUGGACUCUCGUCAAUCCCCACCAGUACGGAUACUACAGAGUGAACUAUGACAGAAAGAAUUGGGAUCUUCUGACCGCUGCAAUGCAUGAAGAUCACCGGCAGAUUCCUCUGCUUAGCCGUGCGCAACUAUUGGACGACGCGUUAGCUUUGGUCAAAGACGACCACCUUAAAAUUGAAGUCUUGUUGAAUCUCUUGAAUUACCUUCCCAAAGAAAACGAUUUUGUCCCACUCAAAGCAGGUUUCAAAGUGGUCCGGUAUUUGCAUCGAACUCUGCGUGGAAAUGAUCUCUACGUGAACUACCACAACCACCUUGUCAAACUUCUCGGACAAGUGUACGAUCGUAUGCUGCUCAACACGGCCGAAGAUCACGUGUCCAAGUUGUACCGAACAGAGGUGCGGAAGAUAACUUGUGAGCUGGGUGUUCCGAGAUGUUUGCAGGACGCAAUUGGAAUGUUCGAAGGAUUCGAGCUCAUUGAUCCGGACCUGCGGGCGGCCGUGAUAUGUGGUGCCAUGAAGGGGACUGAGAAUUACAACGUUUGGACCACGACGGUGCGAAGGAUGGUGUACAUUGUGAGGAAUUUCGAAGAGAAGCGAAUCAAUGCGGAGGAGUUUGAGGAUAUUUUGUACGGAUUUGGAUGUUCGGUGAGCGAGGAAAGGUUGGAGAGUUAUUUGCUUCUUUCGAUGUCUACUACUGACACUUUGGAGCAGGGUGAUCGGAUCAAAAUGUUCAAUUAUAUUGCGAAUAGUGGAGUCAACGGAACCAACAUGGCUCUGAAUCGGCUUAUUACUGAUUUCAAUACAAUUAAAAGGAGAUACGGAUCGACGACGGAAAUUGUCAGUAACUUAAAGUAUGCGAUCAGCACACCAACUCAACUACAAAAGUUUAAAGAUUUCAUGGAGAAAACUACGGAUCCAACGCUUCAACCUAUAGUGCAAGGAAUUUACGACGUUGCAAGCAAAAACAUUCGUUGGACUGAAGACAAUUUGCCAAGCAUUGACAAGUGGCUUUCUGGCGCUGCGAACGCCGCUCCUGUUAUCUCCAAGAUUCUGCUUCUGUUAGUAGCUUGUACUACCGUUUUACGUUACUUGCAUUAAACCCCAGCCAUAAUCAGUUA